AUGCUGUCCAUUUUGAUUAUCCCCGCGGCCUCAGCUCUGCCACUAACCUACCGAAUGGUCGUCGCUGGCGUCUCGGCCCACGGUUAUGACAUUCGCGCUCUUCACCUCCCCAGCAUCGGGCUGCCCAAAGGUCCCAGGCCGGGAAAGCCACCUAGCAUGUACGACGAUGCAGCCUACAUCUCGGACCAAGUCACUGAGCUUGCCAAUGAGGGACAUGACAUCUUGCUCAUUGCGCACUCUUAUGGAGGCGCACCGGCUACCGAGGCCGUCAAUGGGCUGAGUAAGGCAGAGAGGAAAAGGGAAGGCAAGCGUGGUGGGAUCGUUGGCCUCGCGUAUAUGGGAUGUCUCGUGCCUGGGAUGGGCGAGCCUGCGUCUUCAGGACCCUGGAGUCCUCUCAUGGAAAUUGGGGAGGAUGGCUGGUUCUACUACCCUGAUGAGAAGACCACAGCCAAAAUCUUCUUCUCUGAUCUCCCUCUGGACCAAGGUUUAUACUGGGCCUCAAAAAUGGUGCGACAUUCGGCAGCUAGCUUUAUCUCUCCCUUGAUCUAUACUGGCUACAAGGAUGUUCCUGUAUCCUAUUUGAUUACUGAAGGCGACAAGUCUAUUCCACCACGCAAACAAAGAUCUCAGAUCAGGAUGAUCGAGCAGGCGAGCGGCAGGCGAGUUGAUGUAUCAACGACGACAGCUGGCCACGUCCCGUCUCUAACUGCUCCAAGCGAGGUCAUUAACUGGAUUCUGGCAGUCGCAUCGAAGCUGGAUGCCAAGUAG